CCAGAGUAGUCGAGCACAGAUAAGUCGAUCAGACAUCCGGAGGAACCGUCCUUACUUAUGAACUGAAACCAACACACCUGCGCACUGUUCUGAUUCUUUUUUCUUCUUCUCUCAUUUAGACUACAAAUUAACCUAUUUGUUCUUUAUUUAUUUUAAUUGAAUUUAAUUUAAUCAAAAAUUAUUAAAAGUGCUCUUUAGGAUCACAGAUUUUACUUCCUAAAACUCAAAAAUGACUCAGCCAAACCUGACCAAUCAUUCACUCAGGUAGCUGCAGAUAGUUUUAUUAAAAUGUGGCUGAGUUUUAAUUGAGGAAGAUGGCUGUGGCACUUAAACAAAAUGGGCUUCUCCUGAGCUUCUCUGUGGAAAGGUAAGGUGGGAGCGGAAAAAAGGAGCAAAGGUCACGAAGAAGAGGAAGGGAGAGCGAGGAAAAAUGUGGGAUAAUAGCUGAUCCUAUUGACGUCCUGAAGGUCCUGGAGCUGUCAGAGGACAUGGAGGGUGUGUCGUUGGAGUCAGGACUGUGCAUCACCAGGGAAGGACGAGAGGAGACGGACCUGUCCUAUAAGAUUGACAAAAAGAUACAACUGAGCGCGCCCACUAAACAACUCUUCCCUGAUUCCCCGUUCCCUAUGAAUUUCUCUGUGAUGACCACAGUGAGAGCUGUGAAAGGCUCGCAGGCCUUUCUGCUCUCCUUGUACGACUCACAGGGCACACAGCAGCUGGGUGUGGAGGUCGGUCGUUCUCCUGUCUUCCUGUAUGAGGACCAUGAGGGUCAGCCCCCGCCUGAACUCUACCCCACUUUUAGAAAGAUGAACCUGGCUGAUGGCAAGUGGCACCGAGUCGCCUACAGUGUGGAGGGACAGUCUGUGACUUUGUACCUGGACUGCGUCAAACUGGACACUCUGGACCUGCUGAGAGGUUUUGACGCCCAUGUGAGCACCGAGGGAGUUACUGUUUUUGGGACCAGACUGCUGGAUGAAGGCGUGUUUGAGGGUGAAAUCCAGCAGCUGCUGAUUGUUGAGGACCCCGCAGCAGCAGAGACAUACUGCCAGGACUACAUCCCAGACUGUGACAGACCUUUGCCAUACAACACCAUAUUAGCAGAGGCUGAGGAGGUGGAGAGAGCACCCAAGAAACACGUGCAAGAGUUCCAGGAGUUCGACUACAGCGACCUGUAUGAUGAUCUCUCUGUUUCCACCGUGACCACAAGCCCUAAUGUUACUGAGUACGAGAUCAUCGAGUAUGAAGACUACGACAACACGACCGAGUACUACCAUGUGAACGAGUACGAGUAUGAGGAAGAGUACGAUGAGCGCUACGGACCUGCAGAGAGGGAACGGGAGAUCUCUCUGGACACAGAGAAUUUACCUGAGAAAGGAGAGAAAGGAGAGCCGGGCCAGCUGGGAGCGGGAACACAGAUAACAGGACCAUACGGACCUCCAGGACCUGAGGGAGAUCCAGGACCUCCUGGAAUCACAGGGCCUGUAGGACCUCGAGGAGACCCCGGGGAGCUGGGCCCUCCAGGGCGGCAAGGCCUUAGCGGGGCUGAUGGGAUACCAGGACCUCCAGGAAACAUCAUGCUCAUACCGUUCCAGUCAGGUGGCGAUCCAAAAAUGGGUACUGUAGUUUCUGCACAGGAGGCGCAGGCUCAGGCAAUCCUGCAGCAGACCAAGCUGGCUAUGAAGGGACCUCCAGGGCCACUCGGCCUCAGGGGGAGACCUGGACCACUGGGAGCACCAGGUCCGUCUGGGCUGAAGGGAGCCAAUGGAGAUAUGGGGCCCCCGGGUCCUUCAGGUCUGCCCGGUAUCUCAGGGCUGAAUGGACGAAUUGGGAAAAGGGGCCGAGCGGGUACAGACGGGGGCCGCGGUGCAAUCGGAGAGAUGGGAGCAAAGGGGGAUCGAGGCUUUGAUGGCUUACCUGGUCUCCCUGGAAACAAAGGACAUAAAGGGGACAGAGGGAAGCCGGGUCCUUUGGGUUCUUCAGGGGAUCCAGGAGAAAAGGGCGCUGAGGGGCCGUCUGGGCCAAGGGGACAACCAGGUGAUGCUGGUUCCAGAGGUCUCAACGGUCCCAGAGGUCGUCCUGGUCCUCCAGGCCAGACUGGCAUUCGAGGAAUUGAUGGUGUUCAGGGUUCAAAGGGUAACAUAGGAGCUCCCGGAGAGGUUGGAGCACCUGGGCAGCAAGGAAACCCUGGGAUUGUGGGUUUCCCUGGUCCUCAAGGUCUCGUUGGACUGCCAGGAGAGAAAGGGCCUCAAGGGAAAAAAGGGAUGCAGGGUUUACCUGGAAAUGACGGACCUCCAGGUCACCCUGGAAGAGAAGGUACUCCAGGGGAAAAAGGAUUGCCGGGUCCUGUAGGAGUGCAGGGUCCUGUUGGAUACCCUGGACAACGAGGAGUUAAGGGAGCAGAUGGAAUCAGAGGAUUAAAGGGAAGCAAAGGGGAAAAGGGAGAGGACGGUUUCCCAGGAGCCAAAGGGGAAAUGGGAGGAAAGGGGGACGUUGGGGACAACGGAUCUCCGGGUGGCAGAGGGGAAGACGGACCUGAGGGGCCCAAAGGUCAGAUGGGUCCUCUGGGAGAAGGUGGUCCUCUUGGUAUUGCUGGAGAGAAGGGGAAACUGGGAGUUCCUGGGCUGCCUGGAUAUCCAGGACGACAGGGGCCAAAGGGUUCUGAUGGAUUUCCUGGUGGUCUUGGGGCUGCAGGAGAGAAAGGAAAGAAAGGUCCAGCAGGACAAGCAGGAGGCUCAGGCCAGAGGGGUCCAAACGGUGCCCGAGGAGCCAGAGGAGCUCGAGGGCCUACAGGGAAACCAGGAGAAAAGGGCACCUCAGGACAUGAUGGGCCUCCAGGAUCUCCUGGAGACAGGGGACCUUCAGGGCCGCAAGGAAGGAACGGAGAGCCAGGACCUAAAGGAGGAAGCGGUCCUGCAGGGAAAGACGGACUUCCAGGUCACCCAGGUCAGAGAGGAGAGCCGGGAUUCCAAGGAAAGACGGGCCCUCCGGGACCCUCAGGUGUUGUGGGGCCACAGGGUAAAUCUGGUGAACCUGGUCCAACAGGGGACAGAGGUCACCCAGGGGCACCAGGUGUUCCAGGAGAGCACGGUUUACCUGGUACUGCUGGGAAGGAGGGAGGAAAGGGCGAUCCAGGUUUUCAAGGGACAUCUGGGAAGAACGGUCCUGCAGGACUGAAGGGGUUCAGAGGAAGCAGAGGAGCCCCGGGAAUUAUGGGACCUCCUGGUCUCAAAGGAGGAUCAGGACCUAGUGGAACCCCAGGAGCCUUGGGACCGUCUGGUGAAAGGGGCCCUCCUGGACCAGCAGGGGCCAUCGGACAGCCUGGUCGGUCCGGAGCAAUCGGAGGACCUGGACCAAUGGGGGAGAAGGGCGAGCCUGGUGAGAAGGGUCCGAUUGGCCCAGCAGGUCAGGAUGGAGAUCAGGGACCUGUUGGUUUGCCUGGAGCGACGGGGUCUGCAGGACCUCCAGGAGACGACGGGGAUAAGGGAGAGCAGGGAGAACCUGGGCAGAAAGGCAGCAAAGGAGACAAAGGAGAAUCAGGUCCCUCAGGCCCCGCCGGCACUCAGGGGGUGGUUGGUCAGCCAGGACUUCCAGGUGUAGAUGGAUUGGUUGGUCCCAGGGGCCAGCAGGGCAUGUACGGUCCUAAAGGAGAUGAGGGACUCCGCGGCUUUAAGGGCUCCAGAGGACCAAUCGGAUUACAGGGCAUGCCCGGUCUGCCAGGAGAGAAGGGUGAGAGUGGACAUGUGGGACUAAUGGGUCCACCUGGUCAGCAAGGCCCUAAUGGUCCUCAAGGACCUAUUGGGGGACAGGGUCCUAACGGUCGGCCUGGGAUGAUAGGACAGCCUGGUGGUGUUGGAGAGAAGGGGGAGGAUGGUGAGGCAGGUGACCCCGGUCCAGUCGGUGUCCCAGGAAGGCUGGGAGAAAAAGGAGACCACGGGGAGAAGGGAGAUACAGGCCUUUCAGGAGCAGCUGGUCCUCCAGGAGCAAGGGGCCCAGCAGGAGAGGACGGAGCCAAGGGCAACGCUGGUCCUAUUGGUCUUACUGGGGACCUUGGACAGCAGGGAGAAGCUGGGCCCAAUGGUAUCGAUGGCCUUGCUGGGACUAAAGGAGACACAGGAGACCCUGGAAAAUCUGGACCCCCAGGGGCACCAGGAGAACCUGGACCAUCUGGACCUCCUGGGCGAAGGGGACACCUGGGAAAACCAGGGAAGGAAGGAAAGGCAGGUCUGAAAGGAGUGAAGGGUGCUCCUGGUUUGGAGGGACCAAUCGGGAAGACAGGACCUGUAGGUGCACAGGGACACCCAGGGAAGUCGGGCCCUCAAGGUUUGAGAGGGAUCCCUGGACCUGCAGGAGAGCAGGGUUUAAACGGACCACCAGGCCAGACAGGACCCCCAGGCCCUAUGGGUCCACCAGGAUUACCAGGACUGAAGGGAGAUCAUGGAAAGAAGGGGGACAAGGGUCACGGGGGUCUCAUUGGUCUGAUAGGCCCACCGGGAGACAUCGGAGAGAAGGGGGACAGAGGACUGCCAGGAAACCAGGGACUUCCGGGUCCAAAAGGAGAUGAGGGUCCAUUCGGUCCAAACGGUCCCCCCGGCCCUCCUGGUCCCAGUGGUCUGUCUGGUGCCAUCGGUCCAAAGGGCUCUAAAGGAAACUUGGGUCCUAUUGGUCCCAGAGGAGACACUGGGCCUGCAGGACCUCCAGGAGCACCAGGUUUGCCAGCAGCCGGCAUGUCCCCAUUGCCAGAGCGAGGACGCAGGAGGAGAACUCACACCUUGGUGGAUGGUGCUGUCUUUGAAGAGGAGGAGCAGGUGGAUGGAGGAGAGGAGGACUGGAUGCAGAGAGACGAGGCAGGGCAGGACGGGUGGAUGAAGGAGAAAGAGGGCAAAGGCAUGGAGGAAGUGUUUGCGUCUCUGUCCUCUAUGAAAGUGGAGGUGGAGGGUCUGCGAAACCCACUGGGGACGUUCCACAGCCCCGCCCGCACCUGCAAGGAACUGUGGCUCCUCAACCCUGAUCUCCCCAAUGGUGAAUACUGGAUAGAUCCUAACCAGGGUUGCCAUAGAGACUCCUUCAAGGUGUUUUGUAACUUCACUGCUCAGGGAGAGACGUGUCUGUACCCUGACAAGAAGUUCCAGUCGGUGAAAUUAGCAGGCUGGAAGGGUGAAAAAACAGGCUCCUGGUACGGUUCAUUCAGGAAAGGAAAACAGUUUACCUACUCGGGGUCUGAUGGCGUUCCAGCCCAUGUGGUGCAGUUGACCUUCCUGCAGCUUCUGAGUGCCACAGCCAAACAGACCUUCACUUACCACUGCCUGAACUCAGUCGCUUGGCUAAACACUGCCACCUACAGCCACGAACAUGCACUGCGCUUUAGAGGCAGCGAUGGAGAGGAGAUGACACACGAGAACACACAUUACAUCAGUGCGCUAUACGACGGGUGUCAAACACGCUCAGGACAAGAGAGGACAGUGUUGGAAUUUGACGCUCCGCAGUCCAACACGCUCCCCAUCAUCGACGUUUUUGUGCCUGAUUUUGGGAAGGGGAACCAGAAAUUUGGUUUUGAAGUUGGCCCGAUCUGCUACAACGGCUAACAGAUUGGGGAGCCCGGGGCUUAAGACAGGAAUUAUUUAAUAGGAAAAAAAAGAGCCAUGGACACUUUUUACAUGCAGGGAGAAAACUACAUUCAAGACUUACCCGGCGCAAAAUAUUUAUAAGUUGAUUUACCUACAACAGUGUUCCUCUAUCUGAGCAUUCAUCCUUUUAUGCAGACGUUCAUUCACUCCAUAGGUCUUCUUAUUGAUCUCACAUUCUCACAACAUUGCAUUGACUGUCAUCUGUGCCAUUAGCGUCUUUUUGUCACUCCUCUUUGAAGGAGUAAGUGGUGCUCCAACAGUUUCAUUCAUGUCUUUCAUACACGUAUUGAUCUAUGCACUCAAAUCUGAUCUAUUCACUUGUAUACACAAGCCUCCAAUAUAUAUAUAAUGAUCAGUGAAUCAUCUUCAAAAAUCCAGAAACAACACAUUUCAGGCGCAUUCACUCACCAUGUAGUUCUGUGUUAUUAUCAAACCUCAACUUGUUGUGUUUAUUUUUGUUUGUUGUUGUCAUUUUGUUGUUAUUAUUAACUGUAAUGUGAUGUAUAUUGGAGUGUAAUUCACCACGGUGCUAUUAUGUAGCUCCUUACAGGAGUACAUUUCUUUGUAAAAGGGAACUGGGGCAGUGCAUUUUUUAUAUUGUGAAUCUGUUUUAUAUUUUUUCAACAUUUCAAACCAAACUGUCGUACAUGAUCGCCUCAAUGUCUUUCUAUGCAUAGUUUGUGGAGAAGUGACUGAGUAACAUAUUUUAAUAAAAGUACAUAAUGUACAUUUAAGUUAACAUGAUGA